AUUUAUUCAAGCUAGAACGAAAAUUAGCGCCACUAUCGCCGACUCGAUUAUAUAGUGACCAGCAAAAAAGUGCCGGUCUCCUGUGAGCACUACAAUUAACACACGGACUCAAUAAAAACAACCUAUCGCACUCGCACUUUCCUCUAUCAUCUCUCCUAGAAAGUCGCAGUAUGAUUUUCGCACUAAUUCGCGAAGCAAGACAAGCGGGUAAAGCGACUGAUAAAAGUGAAGCUCCCCCUAAGAUCCUCUUAUCAUCAUCCUCGCGAGUCCACUGCCAGUUUUCUUAUCACUUCAGUGUGAACACUGGCUGAUUCGCCAUCACCUGGCGCUGGCUAAGUUUGUUUCAUUGAUCAGUACGAGAAACAAUGCUAUCUAAAUUAGUGGAAAACUUUUCGGCGGCCAGCCCAUCCAAGCAGGCCCUGCUGGUUACCGCCGCGGUUGGCGGCGCAACCCUUACGGCAGUCGGUGCCUACUACGUGAAGAAACGCAUCGAUAACACCCCACCGAAACAGUGGCGCAAAGUAGGCGAAAUCAACGAGAUAUUUAUCUAUCCGGUCAAGUCAUGUGCCCCCAUCAAGGUCAGCCGAACGAUCUGUUCAUCCAUCGGCCCAAGGCGGAAUCUGUUGAGGGAUCGUAUCUUCAUGGUGACCAAUGAGGAUGGGAAGUGGGUGACCGCUAGACAGAAACCGAAAAUGGUACUGAUACAGCCAUCGUUUGACGAUGACUACGAGCGGAUGACACUGUCGGCGCCCGGCAUGGAUGACAUUUCCAUCGAGUUGAAGUUGUUGUUCGAUGAGCCUUCGGUGACGGGAAUCGUUUGGAAUGAACCCGUUCCAACAGUGGAUUGUGGCGAUGAAGUGGCCCACUGGUUCUCCACCUAUUUGACGGAUAAACCAAGCGGAUAUCGAUUGAGGUUUUAUCCCCUGAAUAAAACUUCUCGAAAGAAGUCAGACGAGGAUACCGGCGCGUUGCAGGACGAAACCAGCUACAUGUUGUUCAACACGGCUACGGUCGAGGACCUGAACACACGCCUAGAGCAGCAGGUUACGGUUCUGCAGUUCAGACCGUCAUUCGUGGUCAAAGGACCGCCGGCUUACGCCGAGGAUAACUGGCGCUGGGUGAAGAUUGGCAACACGGUGUUCAAGUAUGUGAAGCCCUGUCUGAGGUGCGUUUUCACCAACAUUGACCCGGACAAGGGGGUGAGCAGCUCGGACGGGCAACCGCUGAAGACUCUGAAAGGGUACCGGAAGAUUCCUCACCUAGGAGAGUCGCCUGCGUUCGGCAUCCACCUUGGACUGAGGAAGGCCGGCGAAGUCAGCCUCGGAGAUUCCGUUUACUACGGAUAGGACACUUAUAAUCGGUUGAUGUUUACUGUUUGGAAUCUAAUAAUAAAUUAAUACUCACACAUUU